CUCUUUCAGAGAAAUCCUCCUGUUUGGUUCUUGAUUGCGUUUUUAUCUUUUUGGCCUUACUGCAUUUGUAUUGGCCUCGUAAUCGGUGGAUGGUUCAAUGUCACUUAUGGAAUCGUUGCCUUUCGCGCGUUUCCCCCCCUUUCCUUUUCUAAAUUAGUGAAGGGUGGCGCUGAGAAAUCUUAUUCUUCAGCCUCGUUCUCCUGGAUCUUUUCCGGGAUUUUGUGGGAGUCCUGGACCUAAAUGGAGGAGUAAAUGGUGACCAUUUCCUCUGUGAAUUGGAGAUUCAUAAAACCAAGCGUGUGACGGCAUGAAUCAGGCUGGGAGCUGGGUCGACUUUCUUUAUUAGUUGCAUACAAAUAGAGGUGACGGCGAUCGAUCAUGGAGGCAGUGGUCGGAGGCAAUAAUUCUCUUCCUCCUUUCCUCAGCAAGAGCUAUGAUAUGGUUGAUGACCCUUCCACGGAUUCAAUUGUCUCGUGGAGCUCAACUAACAACAGCUUCAUUGUUUGGGAUCCCCCUGCAUUUUCCCACGUUUUGUUGCCCAAGUAUUUCAAACACAAGAAUUUUUCAAGCUUUGUAAGGCAGCUCAAUACAUAUGGCUUUCGGAAAAUUGAUCCUGAUCGCUGGGAAUUUGCAAAUGAAGGUUUCAUCAAGGGACAAAAGCAUUUGUUGAAGAGCAUCAAUCGGAAGCGAUCAAGUCAUGCCCCAGGACACAAUCAGCAGGCACAACAGUCUCAAGUGCAAAACCAAUCUGUUGGAGAAUGCAUGGAGGUCGGAAAGUUAGGAUUGGAAGAAGAAAUCGAGAGCUUGAAGAGGGACAAAGACACACUCAUGCAGGAGAUGGUAAGGAUGCGGCAGCAGCAGCAAAGUACUGAGAAUAAAUUGGAGAAUGUGGGUAAGCGUCUUCAGGGAAUGGAACAACGACAACAACAAAUGCUUUCUUUUCUGGCAAUGGCUAUACAAUCCCCUGGGUUUCUGGCGCAGUUGAUGCAUCAGAAUGAUAACAACAACCAUAUAUCUGAAUUGAACAAAAAACGCAGGUUUCCUAAGCAGGGCAAUCACAUAGAAUCUGAGCAUGCCCAGUCUGAUGGACAGAUAGUUAAGUACCAGCUGCCUAUGAAUGAGGCAGCAAGAAGUUUGCUUAGGCAGAUAUUAAAUAUUGAUGCAUCUCCAAAACUGGACAUUUCAUCUCCUCAUGGUGUUGACAACAUAUUUUUUAAUCUUGAGGCAGUGGAUAGUGGAGUUGCCCCUGCAUCUGGAGCAUCUACCCUUAUGAAAGUCCAUGUAGCUUCAGGAUCUUCCUGCUUACCUGUUAUGUCGGGAUCAAAUGGAUCACUGGACAUGGUUCCACUAUGUGAAACUUCAAACACCAGUAGUCUUUCGAACUUUUCUGAGCGUGUUUACCCUUUUCAGGAUGGUUUAGCUCCCAAGGUUGCUCAAUCUAGGGAAUUGACGAUAGAGAACAGCACACCAAUUGAGCCUGCUAAUGACAGCCAUCCAGGGUUGGCAACAGGAAUGGAAUUUGCAGAUUCUGUUUCACUUGAAUUCAGCCCAUCCAUGCCUAUGGAAGAAGAAAGAAAUGAUUCAGUAAUUAAUGAUAUGCUUAAUUUGCCAAGCAUCAAUGAUCCGUUCUGGGAACAAUUUCUUGUUGCAAGUCCUCCAUCAGAUGAUGUUGAAGAGACACAAAAAGGGAACACAGAGAUUGAGAAUCGGAAGGAUUUCACAAUGCCCAUUCAAGAACCCGGAUUAUAUGCUGACAAGAAAUUAGAAAAUCUCACGAAACAGAUGGCGCUUCUAGCGUCUCAAGGGAAAGGAUAAACUUGGACUUGUCCACUGGGUUCAAAUAGUUCAAUUUUUUGGCGAUUUUGGUCUCACUAAUAUAUACAUGCAUUCGUAGUACCUAAGUCACACAUUACCAUUUGUUGGCUUCACAUGGAUGACGCUUAAUGACAUAUACUGCAUUUUGGGUUUGCCUUAUGUAAGCGCUGUUUGGCCAUUGCUGUGGUGGUUGUCUAAUGAAGUAGAAAUAGCACAUCAAUAUAAACAGUAACUGAAGCCAUAAUGGGGAAAGGGUGGAAAAUUUCGUCUGGUGAUUCUAAUGGUCUUUGAUGCUUGAUGCUGACUUUUGAUUUUCAGAUCCUCUAGGGUAGCAUUUCAACUAACAAAAUUGGUAUUAUUGCUGUUGAUGAGCCUUUUGUAUACUAAAUAAGAAUAAUGUGAAAUGAGCUCUUCAGUGGCUGGUUAACUAGGUAUUUGUUUUUUGUCAUCUGCAUUCUGUUUCACAGAUGCCAAAGAAUUACUUUCCACAAUGUAAUAUGUGAUGGAUAAAUGCAGUCAGCUGGACGGUUUUCUGUUCCAAAUUCCACGCAUGGCCAUCCGUAGCCUGUCUGUUUUGA